AUGGGGGAUCUUUUCGGUCUUGCCGGCCAAACGGCGGUUGUCACCGGCGCCGCUCGUGGAAUUGGUCGGGCGAUGGCACUCGGUCUCGCUGAGGCGGGAGCUGACAUUGUAUUGAUCUUGAGGAAUUCAACCCAACAAGAGACCAAAGACGCAAUCGAGGCGAUAGGUCGCAAAUGCAGCAUCUACACCGCCGACCUAGGCGUGCCCUCCGAAAUUGAGGGACUGAUUGAACGGAUUAGGGACGAGCACGACUUUCAGAUUCUGGUCAAUGUGGCAGGGAUCCAGCGCCGGCUCGCCGCCCAUACAUUCCCUGACGAUGCGUACGACGAGGUGCUGCAGACCAAUUUGAAGGCCACUUUCAAGCUAUGUAAGGAUACGGGGAAGUAUUGGAUUGACAAAGGGAUCAAGGGUUGCAUCAUCAAUACGGCCAGCCUGGCUUCGUUCCAAGGAGGUGUCAACAUGGUGGCCUACGCGGCUAGUAAAGGAGGGGUGAACAUGCUCACGAAAGCGCUCAGUAAUGAGUGGGCAGGCAUGGGAAUUCGGGUCAAUGCUGUUGCUCCUGGUUACAUUGCCACCGACAUGAACUUGGAUACACGAACGAACUCAGAUACUACCUAUUACGACUCAAUCACUACUCGAAUUCCGGCCGGGCGGUGGGGUGAACCAGACGAGUUUAAAGGAGUGGUUGUAUUUCUAGCCAGCCAGGCGAGUACCUAUCUUACUGGACAAACAAUAGUUAUCGACGGCGGUUGGAUGGCCAGAUAA